AUGCUGAAAUUGAACAUGUAUGAUAAAGUUGAGUCUGUGAGCUGUCCAUUGGAGCUUGACAAGUCUCAGACCAUUCGGGAGCAGGAGAAGAUUUCUUUUACCUAUGAAGUUGUAUUUGUUAAAAGUGACAUCAGAUGGCCAUCAAGAUGGGAUGCAUAUCUAAAGAAUAAUAUUUAUGAAGUUGUGCUGGGCGUCCUCGCAUACAUCGAGACAGUCAGAAGAGACAACUGUUUGUUGGUAAAGAAUCUGGUAAACGAAUGCCUACACAAGAUACUAAUUGAGCGAGAUAUUCCUGGCGCAGUUCAAUAUGUGAAGAACACAAUUUCAGAUCUUUUAAUGAACCGUGUGGAUUUGUCUCUUUUGGUUAUAACAAAGGGUCUGACCAAAACUGGAAGUGAUUAUAAUGUAAAGUCUGCACAUGUUGAGCUUGCUGAAAAGAUGCGAAAAGUAUAG